AUGUUGCUCAAGAACGUUUCGGUCUUCUGGCUGCUGCUUGGCCUGGGCGCAACGCGGGGGGCGGCGUUCGUAGGGGAGCUCGCGCGAAGGAACUCGACAGGCCUUACUUCAGUCGUUGAAUGGGAUUCCAAGUCGCUGUUCAUUCAGGGUCAACGCGUUUUCAUCUUGUCCGCCGAGUUCCAUCCAUGGAGGCUACCCGGCGAUCCAGCGCUCUGGGCGGAUGUGUUCCAGAAAAUCAAGGCGAAUGGGUUCAACACGGUCUCUUUCUACGUCAAUUGGGCUCUUCAUUUCCCUACACCCGAUACGAGCAAUGGUCAAGGCGAUUUUGAAACGGGCACCUAUCGUGAUAUUGAGCUCUUUAUUCAAGAAGCGCAGAAGGCGGGGUUGUGGUUGAUCGCCCGGCCAGGUCCAUAUAUCAACGGGGAGACUACAGGUGGAGGGUUUCCUGGAUGGGUCGGAAACAUAGCGGGCUCUCUGAGGACCAAUAAUGCGAACUACACUCAAGCAUGGACACCAUACCUGACCACUAUGUCGAAGAUGAUCGCAAAGUAUCAAAUCACAAAUGGCGGUCCAAUUAUUCUCGUUCAAGCGGAGAAUGAGUUCAGCCAAGGCACCACACAAAGCCCAUAUAUGCAAGCCAUCAUCGAUACUUACAGAGCCAAUGGAAUUGUCAUUCGUGAGGGCUGCCCUGCUUUCAGCCGUCGUUUACCAACACUCGUCAGCAACAAUCCACAACGAUCAACAUGCCGGCCAGGCAGGUUCGGAGGUGGAUUUUUACUACAAUGGGGUGCCACUCCGUUUGGCGGGACCGGGUACGAAAAAUACACUGUCAGUCCGGGGUUAACCAACGCAGAUUUUGAAAACGUGUUCUAUAAAGAAAACUAUGCGCAAACAGCCACGAUUCUUAACAUCUACAUGCUGUUUGGUGGAACAAACUGGGGUGGGACUGCUGCUCCCGUCAGUUAUACCAGUUAUGACUAUGGUGGAGGAAUCAACGAAAACCGUAUUGCCAAUGCCAAAAUGAACGAAAUGAGGUUGCAAGGUCUCUUCUUGCGCGUUUCUCGUGACUUGCUUGGGGCCACUCUUCUGGCGAAUGGCACCAACUACACUACGACGCCGCUCAUGCAUACCGCUGAGUUGAUCAACCUCGAAACCGGCGCGGGAUUCUACGUUUUGCGCCAUAACGACUCUACCUCUACGGCACUCACGACAACACAAGUCACUGUCCAGACAUCGCUUGGAUCCCUAGUCAUUCCCAGAACUGGUGUUCUGACCUUUAAUGGUCGCGAAAGCAAGAUCAUAGUUACCAACUACGUGUUCGGCCAAAGCCAGUCGACAAUAUUGUAUUCAACUGCCGAGAUUGAUGGGAUCGACUACGUCAUCUUAUACGCACCAACAGGACAAAGUGGCGAAACAGCAUUCCGCCUUCCCUCUGCUCCGACUGUUAUUCCAUCCAUUCCUGCUGCAGGAAUCGCGUCUUCCUUCGUGAACGGGACUCUUACCCUCAACUAUGUGUUGAAUGGCUCGUCCUUCGUAUCAAUUACCGAGGGACAGACAAAGAUUGUUGCCAUCAUCCUCGAUAAAGCCUCUGCGAAUCGAUGGCAUGCUCCGAUAAUCGCUACUCCCGGCGCGUUUGGCAAUUAUUUCUCCAUUGGCACAAACGAGACUGUUCUUGUUUCUGGGCCAUACGUUCUCCGUACCGCCGAAAUUGCUGGUAAUACACUGUCCAUGACUGGGGAUGUGAACGGAACCACUUCGCUCGAAAUUGUUGCCCCCGGCACUAUUUCCACCGUCGUUUGGAAUGGUCUUCCUACAGUGACGACUCAAACAUCUUGGGGAACCUUGAAGAGCCAACUUGACGGUGCACCCGCCAUCACACUCCCUGUAUUGACCAACUGGAAAGUCGCGGGCAGUCUGCCUGAAAUUGACCCUGAUUUCGACGAUUCAAGCUUUACUGCGGCUCAUCUGACUACCACCAACUACACUAAUCUCCCUCCUUUGGCCGGCAACGUUGUGCUUUAUUCCCAGCAAUACGGGUUCUACGGCAAUCAUCUGAUAUUCCGCGGUCGUUUUACAGCAACUGGGAAAGAAACCGGCGUGAAUUUGACUGUCCAGUACGGUUUUGCGGGAGGAUAUUCUGUGUGGUUGAACGGCGUGUUUUUGGGAUCUGCUCAAGGUUCGCAAACAGUGAGCGUGUCGACGAGCACCUGGGCCUUCCCUGCCGGUGCGUUGAGGGUUAACGCAACAAAUGUGCUUGUUGUUUUCCAAGAUCACACUGGAAUUGUCGAAACUAAUUCCAAUGGUGGUAAAGAGCCCCGAGGAAUCAGAGGUUAUGCCUUGCUUGGAGCCACUACGCCAUUCACGUCGUGGACUGUACAAGGAAAUCUAGGCGGUGCGGGUCAUGCCCCAGAUACCUAUCGAGGCUAUCUGAACGAAGGGGCGUUAUAUGCUGAGCGAAUUGGUGCCCAUCUCCCGGGCUUCCCUGACGACGGCUGGGCUAGUGCGACUCCUUUGUCUGGUGUUUCUCGAGCAGGAAUCAACUUUUAUCGUACCACCUUUGACUUCCCGGUCCCUGAUGGGAUAGAUGCACCAAUUCGCCUGUCCAUAACGCGCAACAGCACGGCCGCUUCGCCCAACUUCCGUUUGCAGAUCUAUUUGAACGGUUGGCAAGUUGGAAAGUACGCCAACUCUAUCGGACCGCAGACGAUCUUCGUCCUGCCGGCAGGUAUCUUGCGUCGGCGCUCUCCCAACACGCUGGGGCUGAUGGUUUGGGCGAUGGAUGCGACAGGAGCUGUCAUCCAGAACAUUGAGCUGGUUUCUGAUGGGUUUUACACAACUUCACUCCAGUUCACCGACUAUGUGACGCCGGACUACGCAGAGCAGAAGGCCCUGCGGCCUGAGCCGGGGUUUUAUAAUCCUAUGUAG